CCAAAUUAAAUGCUAGUCCUGCCUCCUUUGAGUCUGAUCAACAGUGGUGGCUCUGAAUGCUCAGAUACUUUAGUCCUCAGGUCAUUGAUCACCACGGAAGAAUAAAGACAGUGUGAAGUAUGCAGGGUCGACUUCGCCACAAGACCGGGCUCAAGGAAAACCACGAAAAGGAGCAAGAGAGAAAUUUGUAUUGAGUUGGGCAAGAUAUAAAAGUUUGGCCCCCUCAGAAGAACCCGAGGUGUACUUCUGAGACUGACUGAAGAUGAGUGAUCCUGGCUUCAAUAAUGAACCUGGACCCUCAAACACAAAGGAGAGGAAGAGGAGCGGUGUUUCUGUGGAGGAGCAGUUGUCCUGCUGUGCUUUGUGUCAGGACAUCCUGACGGAUCCACUCCCUACCAGCUGUGGACACUGGUUCUGCAGACAGUGCAUCACCUCACACUGGAACCAGUCUGGUUCACCAGGAGACUCCUCUUGUCCCCAGUGUGGACAAAGAUCCAGAACAAGACCUGGACUGCAAACAGCCAGUCAGACCAGCACUGUACAAACGGAUAGUGGUCUGCAGGAGGUUUUAGAUGAACAUAAGGUUAUUCUACGCAGGAGCUGUGAACAUGUGACUGAAGGAAGUGAUGAAGCAGGAAGUGGAACCCUCCUCAACAGGAUCUACACAGAGCUCUACAUCACAGAGGGACAGAGUGAAGAGGUUAAUACCCAACAUGAGGUGAGGCAGCUUGAGACAACUUCCAAGAUGGAGACUGUACAUGACACUCCAAUCAAGUGCCACGACAUCUUUAACGCCUUACCUGAACAACAGAGACCCAUCAGAGUGGUUCUGACAAAAGGUGUCGCUGGUGUUGGCAAAACUGUCUCAGUGCAGAAAUUCAGUCUGGACUGGGCAGAGGGCUUGGAAAACCAAGACAUCAGUCUGCUGAUUCUGCUUUCGUUCAGGGAGCUGAACUUAAUCAGAGAUGAGCAGCACAGUCUUCUCAAGCUGCUCCAGGUUUUCCAUCCAACAUUACAGGAGGUCACAGCAGAGCAGCUCGCUGUCUGUAAAGUUCUGUUCAUCUUUGACGGCCUGGAUGAAAGCAGACUGUCACUGGAUUUCACCAACAGGCAGGUUGUGUCUGAUGUCACACAGGAGUCAUCAGUCAACGUGCUGCUGACAAACCUCAUCCAGGGGAAUCUGCUUCCCUUGGCUCUCAUCUGGAUAACUUCCCGACCUGCGGCAGCCGGCCAGAUCCCUCCUACGUGUGUUGACAGGGUGACAGAAGUACGAGGCUUCACUGAUGCUCAGAAGGAGGAGUACUUCAGGAGGAGAUUCAAUGAUGAAGAGCAGUCCAGCAGAAUCAUCUCGCACAUCAGGACAUCCAGGAGCCUCCAUAUCAUGUCUCAAGUCCCAGUCUUCUGCUGGAUCAUUGCUACAGUUCUGGAGCACAUGUUGACUGCAGACCAAAUAGGAGAGCUGCCCAAGACCCUGACUGACCUGUACUCACACUUCCUGCUGGUUCAGACAAAGAGGAAGAAGUUCAAAUAUGAUGAGGGACAUGAGACGAGUCCACAGGAGCUGAUGGAGGCUGACAGGGAAGUUCUUCUGAAGCUGGGGAGGCUGGCCUUUGAACAUCUGGAGAAAGGAAACAUCAUGUUCUACCAAGAAGACCUGGAGCAGUGUGGUCUUGAUGUCACAGAGGCCUCGGUGUACUCAGGAGUCUGUACAGAGAUCUUCAAGAGAGAGAGUGUGAUCUUCCAGAAAACAGUCUACUGCUUUGUUCAUCUGAGCAUUCAGGAGUUCCUGGCUGCGGUCUACAUGUUCCACUGUUACACCAACAGAAACACAGAGGUACUGAAGGCUUUCCUGGGAAAAGACUAUAAACACAGUGACUCCAACCCAAAGUCUUCUCUCUGGAAGAUUUCUAAGAUUUUUGGAAACAAAGAUAGCCGUCACCCAUCUCUGGAUGUCUUCCUGAGGAGAGCCAUGGAGAAAUCCCUUGAAAGUAACAAUGGCCGCCUGGACCUGUUUGUUCGCUUCCUUCAUGGCCUCUCUCUGGAGUCCAACCAGAGAAUCUUAGGAGGCCUGCUGGGUCAGACAAAGAACAGUCCAGAAAUCACCCAGAGAGCCAUCACCAACCUGAAGACGAUGAACAGAGAUGAUAUCUCUCCUGACAGAAGCAUCAACAUCUUCCACUGUCUGAUGGAGAUGAACGACCACUCAAUACAACAGGAGAUACAAGAGUUCCUGAGGUCAGAGAACAGGUCAGAGAAGGAACUCUCUGAGAUCCACUGCUCAGCUCUGGCCUACAUGCUGCAGAUGUCAGAGGAGGUUCUUGAUGAGUUGGACCCGAAGAAGUACAACACAUCACUGGAGGGACAGCGGAGACUGAUCCCAGCUGUGAGGAACUGCAGGAAGGCUCAACUCACUGAUUGUGGACUUUCAGAGACUCACUGUGAAAUCGUGGCCUCAGCUCUGAAGUCCAGCCCCUCCCUUCUGAGAGAGCUGGACCUGAGGAGAAACAGCCCGAGCGAUUCGGGAAUUAAACGGCUGUCUGCUGGAUUGGAGAGUCCAAACUGUAGACUGGAGAUUCUAAGAUUGAGUGGCUGCAAUAUGUCAGCGAUCAGCCGUUCUUCUGUGAUCGCUGCUCUGAAGUCCAACCCCUCCCAUCUGAGAGAACUGGAGCUGAGAGGAAACUGGGACCUGCAGGAUUCAGGAGUGAAGGAGCUGUGUGGUUUUCUGGGGAGUCCAGACUGUAGACUGGAGACUCUCAGAUUGAGGUGUUGCUUUUUGUCAGCGAUCAGCUGUGCUUCUCUCGUCUCUGCUCUGAAGUCCAACCCCUACCAUCUGAGAGAACUGGAGCUGAGUAGAAACAACCUGCAGGAUUCAGGAGUGAAGGAGCUGUGUGGUUGUCUGAAGAAUCCAGACCGCAGACUGGAGACUCUGAGAUUGAGUGACUGCAAUCUGUCAGCGAUCAGCUGUGCUUCUCUCGUCUCUGCUCUGAAGUCCAACCCCUCCCAUCUGAGAGAACUGGAGCUGAGUGGAAACAACCUGCAGGAUUCAGGAGUGAAGGAGCUGUGUGGUUGUCUGAAGAAUCCAGACUGUAAACUGGAGACUCUGAGAUUGAGUGACUGCAAUUUAUCAGCGAUCAGCUGUGCUUCUCUCGUCUCUGCUCUGAAGUCCAACCCCUCCCAUCUGAGAGAACUGGAGCUGAGUGGAAACAACCUGCAGGAUUCAGAGCUGAAGGAGCUGUGUGAUCUUGUUGAGAGUCCACACUGUAGACUGGAGACUCUGAGGGUCAACAACAGGGUGUUUAAAGCUUCCAUAGACAAAACAUUGAGUGUGCAGCCUGCUGCUGAAGAGGAAGAUUUGUGCUCACAGAAUUCAUCAUCGUCAAAUAAAGAUGACUCUGAUGUCAAACUGGACCCAAACACAGCAGACACAAAGCUGGAUGUGUCUGAGGAUGACUCAAAGCUGAUAAGGCCUCCGACAGACUUCACGCCUGAACUGCAAACUGAAUCUGCACAAGUCUUAUACAGGUUCAGGUGUCCUGGUCCAGGUGGGUUCCAGUGUACUUCUACUGGACUGGUGUUUGUUAUGGCUCAGGAGGCGGAGUUGCUCUACAGGACUGUCCAAUGGGACGAGAGCCUCCUCCAAUCAGCUGGCAAGGCGGCUGCAGGGCCGCUGUUCAGUAUCAAGUGUUCUGAGGAUGCUGUGUGUCAGCUCCACCUCCCACACUGUGAAACAAAGGAUGCUCUGCUCUCUGAAGGCCUGCUGUCUGUCGUCCACAUCUCUGAUGAUGGAAUGAGCAUCCUCGAACCGCUGGAGAUCACAGACACCCAUGUGAUUGUCAAAGUCCCUCAUCUCUCUUCCUUUGGCCUAGCCUGGGCUUUGGAGAUUUUAGGGAGGUUAUGGAACAACAUGAAAACAGUUAGCGGCCAGGUUUUGCUGUUCCUCCGACCACCAAACCCAAAAACACGGAAGCAAAACCUCAACGUGUUUCUCCUGCCAAACAACAUCCCUCUGGAAGAGGUGAGCGCAAGACAGCGAAAUUCGAAGUACAUCCAGGCGCCUCCCAAAUGCAUACUCACCAAAGAUCAAAGUUACUCUGUUCACUGUCUGAAGGCCUUUAAAAUACAGCCUGAGACAGAAGAUCUUGAUCUGGAUUUUGGACCAAAUUACCACCCCAUGUUUGAGAUCCGCCUGCCUGCAAACACAGAAGAGGCGACUAUAACGGUCCGAGACCAAACAAAUGCACAUGUCUGGGAGCGUGAAGUUGACCUGACGGGUCCGGGUCUAGCAGGGAGUCCAGCCAUCCCAGCGGACAGGGGAGUCCCAGUAUGGACUCAGAAUGUCCCAGCAGAAGAGAUGCUGAUGUCUGUUCGGACACAGUUUAUCAGCAGAGUGUCUGAACCUGUUCUACGUAAGCUUCUGGAUAAACUCCUGGAGCGCGGGGUGAUAACAGAUGAUGAAAUGGAGUCUGCUGCAACACUGAACCGGCCAGACAAAGCUCGAGUGGUGAUCGACAUGGUGCGAAGAAAAGGAUCACAGGCCAGUUCAGCUCUGAUCGCUGCUCUCUAUGAGGAGGAUUCAUGCCUCUCAGCAGAGCUGCACCUGAUGUGAAGCAGAAAUAUUGUGCGUCAGGGUGUUUCUGUUUUACACCAACACGUUAAACUUUUCCUUUAUUGUUUAAGAACAAUUGGUAAAAACCUGAACUAUAUCGGCCGAUGAGAUAUAUGAAGAUAAUAAAGGUGAGAGUGAAGAGGACACGUGUUUUUAAUGUGUGUGUGUGUGUAGCAGCAGCAGCUCGUGUGGAGAGAGGCUCUGACUGGGUCGUGUAACUCGGAGGUAGGGUGGAGAGGUGAGCUUCAUCCAGCAGUGACUGACAGAGGAACCAGAGGAAGUGGAGAUGACUGUCAGCUCCGCUGGCAGACACAAUGUCAGGGCCACCAUCAUCCCUGUGUGCUCAUCAGUGUAUUGGACUGCUCUGCUGCUCUGUCCUUCUACACAGUUUCUACAGACACACUGAGACUCCUGCACUCCUUCUGCUCCACCCUCCACCUGGAAUUUUUCUUCUUUCCUGAUUCAGGAAAAAAAAAAAAGAAAAAAGUUUUUGUUCUUAUUUCAUAUGUAUUACUGAUUGUAUUUUGUAGCAGAUUGUGCUAUUUGUCUUUUUGAUAUGAGGAUGCAGCCGCCUGUCUGCAGGUGCAAAGUUAUAAAAGUAAGUUUAGGUAUCAUUCAUCUUAGUGUGGAGUUAAAUGUUAAGCAUUGUUUGAUUGUUUCUAUAUAUUUGGAUUUUCAUUUUUGGAUUCUCAUGUGAAAUGUGUGUAUGGCUAUUCUGUAACAGAUAUGCUGCACAGGAAGAGAUGUUUUUUUUAUUUUUGUACAGAACAGAAAUAAUGAAGCACAAUGUAGUGAAUGAUCUCACUUUUCUCAACCGAGUGUGGUCCAAGCAGCACAUUUACUUCAUUUUUACACCAGAAGUGUGAAGUGUGACCUUCAGUCCAGGGUGUUGAUGUUAUGUAAAGUUAUUACAUGCUUUGCUUUCUCGUGCUUGAAUUGUUGUCUGAAAUUAAAUAAUUUAGACUGAAAAAUAA